AUAUUUUAAAAAUUUAUAAAUUAAUAUUCUUUUAUGUAUAUUUGCGCCAAUGUGCAAAUAAUCAAGUGUCAAAGUAGUGUUUAUUUGGAUCACGGAUAUUUGACGUACUAAAGUGGAAAGACAUAUAAACUGAAUAUGAACGAUAGCAAUGAAUCGGGCACUGGCAAUGGGAACGCUGGCGUUCCCACAAUGGUAGUACCCGAAAUUACUGGCAUAAGCACCACACCCAUGCCAGCCGCAACUGGUAAUAGUCUUAAAAUUUCAGUUGUUGAUAACCAACCAAAACGACGUGUGAGCAUAGCCUCUGAUCCUGCCACUGAUGGCAGACAUGGCUAUGACAACCCAGCUUUCGAACAAAAUCCACGGAGAAAAAUAUCACAGACUUCUGUGCAUUCCCACUCGGAUAUCGGACCAACUAGAAAAAAAAGUAUUUUGGUAAAUAAUAAUACCGCAUACGAAAAUGAAUCUGAUCACGGCUCAACACAUAGUUAUGAUAACAAUAGGCCAUACAGAAUAUCGGCACUAGACAGUUUAAAUGCAAAAAUCAACCAGCACAAUUUACAGCAGCAAUCCUCGAAUGGUACCAAUAACUUGGAAGAGUCAUGGCUUUACACUUUCUGUUUGAAAUGUAGAGGCGAAGAGCACACACAGGCAUGGGAACCACCACACUGGCAAAAGGUGUGCCCGUAUCCAUUGUGUCCAUCAUUUAGACAGUUUGCUAGAAUUAUGGUUCUAAUAUUAAUCGGUGUCUUAAUUUGGGUAACAGCUUUUGUGAUCAUUGGAGAGUCAGCUGCGCCUGGCGGGCAACUUUUUGGUUUAGUGGUGCUUACUGUUGCAGCUAAUUUCGGUGGAUAUUUGAUAUCACUGACAACAUUACCUCGCCUUAUUGGUAUGCUAAUGGUUGGCAUACUAUUUCAAAAUGUUGGCUGGGUAAAUUUAGAUGGUGACUUCGGACGCGUAACAGCGCACUUGCGUAAAUUUGCGUUAACAAUUAUACUUGUUCGAGCUGGCCUCGAAAUGGAGCCGAAGGCAUUUAAAAAGGUCUACAAGACCAUACUAAAAUUGGGUAUCGUUCCCUGGGCAGUGGAAUGUUGCGUUGUUGCAGUAAUGACACAUUUCUUGUUGGAUUUGCCGUGGGUUUGGGCCUUUUUGAUGGGUUCUAUUAUCGCUGCUGUCUCGCCGGCUGUUGUUGUACCGUGUUUAUUUCGUUUGCGUACGAAAGGUUACGGUGUGGCUAAAGGCAUACCUACUCUGAUUAUUGCUGUUGCUGGUAUCGAUGAUGCAUUAUCAGUAGCCAUAUUUGGUAUCAUAAGCAGUGUGAUGUUUUCUGACCGUGGUAUUGGUUAUCAAAUUUCCCAAGCACCUGUAUGUAUUUUGGGUGGUUUAGGGUUUGGUGUUAUUUGGGGCUACAUGUCACGUUUUUUCCCCGAGAAAGGCGAUCCCUACGUAGUACCACUACGUACAAUUUUACUGUUUACUGGCGGACUGAUGGCAAUUUAUGGUAGCGAGGAAAUCGGUUAUGAAGGUGCUGGCCCAUUGGCUGUUGUAUUCUCAGCAUUUGUUUCAAAUUUGUUUUGGUGUAAACAAGGUUGGGACGUUGAAGAUAAUCCAGUAUCGACUGCAUUUGAAAUAUUUUGGAUGAUAUUCGAACCAAUAUUGUUCGGCAUUACUGGUGCUACUGUUAAGAUUAGCGCAUUAGAGCCUGACAUUGUUUAUGUUGGUUGUGGAUGCAUAGCUGCCGGUGCUAUAUUACGUAUUUUUUCAACAGCCGGUAUUGCUUUUGGUGAUCGCCUCAAUGUAAAAGAGAAAUUCUUUGUUGCUUUGUCGUGGAUGUCUAAAGCAACUGUACAGGCAGCACUUGGUCCGGUUGCUAUGAGAAACUUAACUGAUGCAUCAAGUGAUGCGGAUAGACGAUAUGCUUACAUAGUGCAAACACUAGCAAUAUUAAGUAUUGUGUUGACAGCUCCCCUAGGUGCUAUCUUGAUUUCUAUCACUGGCACUAAACUACUGACGAAGACCAAACAACCUCAAAUUCUUGAAGGCUGGCGCAGGAGUCAUCGUCCAUCGAUUCGUGAUAUCAGUAUUAUUGAUGAAGAAGAAGAACGCGAAGAUCCCGAAAUACCUGAAGAUAAAACUACUGUUGACAACACACAAACAAACGCAAAUAUUGCCAAUAUUAGCUGUACGAGCUACAAUAAAUGAUUUUCUAUUUGUUAAGUUUAACAUAGCCAACAUAGCGACAUUGCCAUCAGACAGACCUAGUGCAGACCCUGCCAUCAUACAGUCUGUUAAAAAAGUCGUCUUAUUUCAUAAACAUUGUGCGAAAUAUUUUAAGUGUUGGCCAUUCAUUUGAUCCCUGCUCAGCUAAACUUGAUUUUGUUGAGUUGUUGAAUUUUAAGCUCUUAUUAUUCAAAGUUUAUUUAUAUAAGUUAAUUAAAUAACAAUUAUUCCUUUAUGUGUACAUACGUGUGCAGUAUGAACGGCAACUAGCAAAAACUGAGACCUUACACAUUUAAGUACUUGCGGCGAGUUUAUAAUGCAGAGUAAAAUACUUAAAAAUGAAUAAAAUAAAAAUAUAA